AUGGAGGAAGAUAGUCAGCUUCGUUACAACAGAGGUAGCGUUUUUUCUACGGUUUCUCGCAGCGAAAUGACGACAUCGGGUCAGUCAAAGCUGCCAUCUCCUCUCACUGACCAAUCGACGCCAUUCCGAGUUCCACUCAAGAAGUCGUUAAGUAGUGUGGAUGGCGCGCAAACUACGACCACGGGCGGAGGGCGUGCUUGGGCGAAGUCUCGCCAAAGUGAAGAAGCAUUCGCGAGACCGGGUCCAGACGAUGAAAAAUGGGUCGCUCAAACGCAUGAUUACUUUGACAACGAGAAAGUAUAUGUACGAAAGCCUUCUAAACCGACAGUGGGAAGAAGGCUGAGAAUCGGCAGACUUCAAAGAAGAAGAUGGUCCUCAAUAAUGCGGGAGAUGGCGUUGCGUCAUCCACUCCCUGUCAAUCCUGCACCAUUUCCUUUGUCAAAAGCAAUGGAUGAAUUAAAACUCAGACCAGAAAAACGCUUUACUAUGCCACAUAAC